GUCAUUUCGAUUUCGUGUAAUUUUACAAAUUUUCAUUUUCUUCACGAUCUCAUCUCCUGGGAAUCAGGAUUAUCAGGAACGGGAAUCUCUCAGUGAAAUUGGCAUAUGUUCUCUAGUUCCAAAAACUCUAGUGAUUAUUGAAAGAACAUAACAAUUACUUUAUAAACCAAUUUUGCUGAUCAUGCAGGGUUCACUCUGGAAAGUAGUUUCACCUAUCAAGCCAAAAUUGAAAUUCAACCAAAGACUAUUAGGAAUUCUACAAAAUAGGUUGUAUUCAACUUCAGAGGAUGCUGAUAUUGUUGUCAUUGGUUCAGGACCAGGUGGUUAUGUUGCAGCUAUCAAAGCAGCACAGCUAGGCAUGAAGACAGUAUGUAUUGAGAAAAAUUCCACAUUAGGAGGUACUUGCCUCAAUGUUGGAUGCAUUCCUUCAAAAGCCUUAUUAAAUAACUCACAUUUUUAUCACAUGGCACACUCAGGAGAUCUUGCUAGCAGAGGAAUUGAGACUGACAAUGUGAAAUUGAAUUUAGAAACAUUAAUGGCACAAAAAACCAAGGCAGUAACAGCUUUAACAGGUGGAAUUGCUCAGCUUUUCAAGAAAAAUAAGAUAACUUCAAUUAGGGGUCAUGGAAAAAUUACUGGUAUCAAUCAGGUAACAGCUUUAAAGGAAGAUGGUUCCACAGAAGUUGUUAAUACUAAAAAUAUCCUUAUUGCUAGUGGAUCAGAAGUAACUCCUUUUGCUGGUAUUGAUGUUGAUGAGGAAAAAAUUGUUUCCUCAACUGGAGCUUUAAAACUAAGUGAAGUCCCACGAAGGCUCAUUGUGAUUGGUGCUGGGGUGAUUGGUGUUGAAUUGGGUUCAGUGUGGUCUCGUUUGGGAUCAGAGGUCACGGCAAUAGAAUUCAUGCCGACCAUCGGCGGUGUCGGCAUUGACGGUGAGGUGGCGAAGUCUUUCCAGAAAAUUCUCACGAAACAAGGGAUGAAUUUCAGGCUGGGAACCAAAGUGACAGGCGCCCAGAAGGACGGCAGCACAAUAAAAGUCAGCAUCGAAGAUGUUAAGGAUUCUAGCAAACAAGAAGUGCUGGAAUGUGAUGUUCUGUUAGUGUGCGUGGGCAGGAGACCGUACACUGAAGGGUUAGGUUUGGAAGAAAUAGGUAUAGAAAAGGACCAAAAAGGGAGGAUUCCCGUAAAUUCUGUAUUCCAGACAGUUGUACCUAAUAUUUAUGCCAUUGGUGACUGCAUACAUGGUCCCAUGUUGGCACAUAAAGCAGAAGAUGAAGGUAUCGUCUGUGUGGAAGGGAUAAUGGGCGGGCCCGUGCACAUCGACUACAACUGCGUGCCCUCCGUGAUCUACACCCACCCCGAGGUGGGCUGGGUAGGCAGGAGCGAAGAGGACCUCAAGGCCGAGGGCAUCGAGUACAAGGUGGGCAAAUUCCCAUUCAUGGCGAAUUCGCGAGCGAAAACAAACAACGACACCGACGGAUUCGUCAAAGUCCUCGCCGACAAAUCGACCGACAGGAUUCUGGGGACGCACAUCAUCGGCCCCGGAGCCGGGGAGCUCAUCAACGAGGCCGUUUUGGCUCAGGAGUACGGGGCUUCUAGUGAGGACGUUGCGCGGGUGUGCCACGCGCAUCCCACGUGCUCGGAGGCGCUGAGAGAGGCGAAUUUGGCGGCGUACUUUGGUAAACCGAUUAACUUUUAAUGCUGGAUGUCUGUUUGUGCUGUAAAUACUACAUGGUAAUGAAGUAAUAAUUUAUCUUUUAAUAUAAAGUAUGAUGUCUG